UUGUCCCGCCCACUCAGCGGAUCAAGUUUGAAUGAACGGCAGCAGGCUGCUCUAGUGGUGCUAGUUGCAUCAAUAAUAUUAAUUAUAUUUUGAAUAAAAGGAGUGCAUCUGUUGACGAGCAGCACGGAGACGAGAUGGACAUGAAGAGGAGGAUUCAUCUAGAGUUGCGGAACCGCACUCCAUCAGAUGUGAAAGAUCUCGUUCUGGACAACUGUCGAUCAAACGAGGGCAGGAUCGAGGGUCUAACGGACGAGUUUGAGGAGCUUGAGUUUCUUAGCACAAUCAACGUUGGACUGACAACAGUUGCCCACUUGCCCAAGCUAAACAAACUGAAAAAACUGGAACUCAGCGACAACAGGAUUUCAGGAGGGCUGGAAGUUUUGGCAGAGAAAUGUCCGAAUCUCACACAUCUCAACCUCAGUGGAAACAAGAUCAAAGACCUCAGCACAAUAGAACCUUUGAAAGAAUUGGGGACACUGAAGAGUCUAGAUCUGUUCAACUGUGAAGUGACAAACCUGAACGAGUACAGAGACAACGUCUUCAAGCUCCUACCACAGCUCACGUAUCUGGACGGGUACGACAAAGACGACAAGGAGGCUUCGGAUUCUGACGCCGAGGUUUACGCAGAAGGUCUGGAUGACGACGAGGAUGAUGAAGACGACGUAGACGAGGAGGAUUAUGACGAAGACGCAGCACCAGGGGAUGAGGAGGAAGGUGAUGACGAUGAGGAGGAGAACGAAGAAGAGGAAGAGGAGGACCUCAGUGGGGAGGAGGAAGAAGAGGAAGAUGUGAAUGACAGAGACGUGGAUGACGAUGAUGAAGAACAGGAAGAACGAGGACAGAAGAGAAAAAGGGACCUAGACGAAGAGGGAGAAGAUGAUGAAGAGGAUUGAGUCUUCAUACUUUACCUUCGACUGUUUAGUUUAUUUUUUUUGUUUGUUUUUUUUUUAUUUUAUUUGAAAUUGUGAACUUGUAUUCCCCCCCUUCACUUUCCAAAUAAUCCAAAAGUCCCCAUCUUGAUAUUGAUGUUUUUAAUAAUGGGCCAGUCAGCGGUGGAAGAAACCUUUUGAUGUUUCCCCAUCUAAAUUUGGUUCUAAACCGAUUCUCAAAAUGUCCUCCCGGUCACUGGUGUGGAGAUUGGGUUCUUUUGCAGGUCUACGACACUGAAGACGAACAAAACCCCAAAAGAGAUGUGUGGAACGUAAGAAAGCCACGUGUUUUACGUGCAGCGGUCGCCUCCUUGAAUUCAACUUUUGUUGACUUUUUUAUUUAAAUGUUUGUAGUCUUGCCAACUGUCCGCUGUCCUGGUGUGACACUGUUGUCCCUGAACACCACCCGGCCCUCACUGGAGACAUUUUUAAGCAAAAGAUAAAAAAAAAAAACAACCCGUAACGUCUGCCUUUGUCAAUGCAGCGCCUCCUCUUUAAACCCACAGCUUUGAUAGUUCGGAAAUUACGUGUUCUUGUAAAUAAUGACCAAAUCUAUUUUUUUGUAUUCUCUUUGAUGAUGGCAGACGACUGGGCGGAAACCUCCAAUUGGAACGAGAUAGAAUAUGUUAUGCUGGCGAUUUCAACUUUGUAUGCCGAAUCUAGAUCGCUUCAUCAGAACCCAUAUCCGCUUUUCUCGUUUUAUUUUCAGUGGCGCACCAGUGGCAAUGUGUGGUGGUAGAUUAGGAAAGGAGACACGGAUAUGUGGAAGGGUGUGGUUACCAAGCUCUGGACGACUGUAGGUAUUCAGACAUGGUUUUCACUACUACGGUCAGAUUGGCCUACCUCAGUGAUUUCUUCAUCUGUUAAACUCACUCCUCUCACCAAAUUUGUUUGUUCCCUCAUCCCUCUCACCUCAAUAAAUCUCUUUUAUACAUGUU